CAGCAGCCCUCCGGUCAGCGUCAUAAAGGACUCUGACCAAUGCAACCUUAUCAACAGGGAUGAAGUUUCUGGUGCGUUGCUAGAAUCAAUCAGCGUUCGAGCCAUGCCUCCCAAAGCGAGGUCAGAGGCUCAAUUGAGCAGGACACCCACUCAAACCGAAAAGCCACCACCAAUGCUCAAGACCUCCACCGCGUUCUACGUGUUUGCGCUCGCCAACGUCGUCGCUGCUACAUUCUCCCCAAUCCAAGAUUGCGAUGAAGUCUUCAACUACUGGGAGCCAAGCCACUACCUCAAUCACGGAUAUGGACUGCAGACUUGGGAAUACUCCCCCGAGUACGCCAUUCGGAGCUGGACGUACACCGGCAUACACUCGCUGCUGAUCUGGAUUGGAACAUUCCCAUCCAGGGCUCUGGGCUAUGGCAGUUCUAAAGUCGCAGAGUUCUACUUCCUUCGUAUCGUGCUUGCGCUGGUUUGCACACUCUGCCAGACGCGGUUGUAUUCGGUCAUUUCAAGGACAUUCAACCCUCGCGUGGCCAUCUUCUUCAUGAUUGCCCAGGUUAUCAGUCCGGGCAUGUACCAUGCCGCUCCAGCCUAUCUCCCAUCGACCUUCGCCAUGUAUACGACCAUGCUUGGCUUUUCAGCCUUCAUGGACUGGUCAGGAGGCAUCAAGACGGUUCAGGGCGUGAUGUGGUUUGGGAUUGGGAGCGUUUUGGGGUGGCCAUUCGCCGGUGCUCUCGUCCUCCCUUUCGUCGUCGAAGAGGCAAUCCUGGCAUCUGUUACUGGCCUAGCCUUUGAAAGCUUUUGGCGGCUCCUUCACGGCGCAGUCAGAUCACUGCUCGUUCUGGCUGUACAAACUGCUAUUGACUCCGCAUUCUACAAGAAACUGACCUGCGUUCCAUUGAAUAUUGUCCUAUACAAUGUCUUCAGCGGCGGGAGUAGAGGUCCUGAUAUCUAUGGAGUGGAGCCAUGGCAUUUUUACAUUCGCAACCUCGCCUUGAACUUCAACAUAUGGUUUUUCCUUGCGCUAGCUGCACUUCCACUCCUCCUUGUGCAGCAUGUCGGUCUCCAGAAGUCGGUCUCCAAGCAGACGCUCCUACGAAGCGUUGUCUUCGUCAGCCCGUUCUAUCUAUGGCUUGCAAUCUUCACAGCCCAACCCCACAAAGAGGAGCGUUUCAUGUACCCAGCUUACCCAGCGUUGGCAUUAAACGCGGCUAUCUCGCUGCACAUAAUGCUUGCAACCUUUGGAUCAACUGAUCCACGACACCUUGUCAGCAAGAUCCCACCGCAACUAAAGCUCGCCAUCGUCAGCAUCCCGCUACUGCUAUCGUUUGACCUGGGUAUGCUUCGCACAAUUUUAAAUCUCACUGCUUACUCUGCUCCUCUGAAUGUUUAUAAGCCUCUGCACACCCCAGGCAUCGCUCACCCAGGGGACAAUGUCUGUUUGAGCAAGGAAUGGUAUCGCUUUCCAUCGUCGUUCAAUCUACCACACGAAGUGCACGCCAAAUUCGUGAAGAGCGAGUUCUCCGGCCUUCUGCCAGGCGAGUUCAGCGAAUCCAACGAUGGCUUAGGCCUGUUUCCUGGCACAUGGCUUGUGCCGCUUGGUAUGAAUGACGAAAACCAAGAGGACCCCGGCAAAUACAUCAACGUGGAGCAUUGCGAUUUUCUGGUAGACUCUCGCCUGCCUGGAACGUCACCAACGACGCUUGAGCCUGACUACAUAUCGGAUACAGAGCACUGGAAGACAUUGAAAUGUGUACCGUUCCUCGAUGCCAGCCAGACACAUCUUAUCGGUCGCUUGCUAUGGAUUCCAGACUUACCUUUUAUCCCGGCACGCUUUCGUCGGAAGUGGGGCGACUACUGUCUCCUGCAACGUAGAGAAGCUGCGCAACAUGUCGUGCAUAUCCGUCAUGGCUCCUUGCAAGCGGUUUCUUUGUUUCUUAAUGUCUUCAAGUCGCUCUUCUGGUUUGCCAGACCUCACUUGAACCGCAAGCAUCUUCUCAACUCCUUAUCUUACUCUCAGACGUCUGUCAGAUCGGCAAAGGCCAUGGCAGCAGACACGCCGCGGCUCAUGGAGCACGCCAAACGCCUAGCUCAUGCUACUCGUCAACACUGCGGUGCCGCUCAAGCGAAGCUCAAUGAUACGAUGCAAAAUGCAAACAUCCACCCGAAAUUAUUAUUAUACGCUGGUCUGGUUGUCAUCACGUGUGUGUGGUUAGCUGUCACAGUUACUCGCCGCAUACGCUACCGCAAGCGCGAUAGCACACGGCCAACCACACCGAAUCUCGAGAAACGACCGUUCAAGGCCCCUGAACGACCACCUGGAGUAUGGCCACCACAGGAUUUCAAGCGCCCCGCCGCAGCACCCUAUCCCGACUGGUCAGUCGAACACACCAAGCCAUUGCCAUAUCGUCCGUUCCGCUAUGGACCAAAGUACCACAUCACCAUGGGCCUGCGAACUAUGCAGUGGGACGAGUGGAUAGAGCUCGACAACCGAUACCUCGAAUAUCAUGACCUAAAAGCGAAACGCAUCGCAGAGCGCGGAUCAAAAUGCUGCAGGACAAACCCAGAAGUAUUCGACGGCGCAUGUGAACUCCUCGAAGAACUAUGUGACUACCUCCCCCAGCGCUACCCAAGCCUCUACAAGAAGACGGACGUCGGCAUGGACAACCUCGUCACAGGCGAAACCUUUAACAUCAUCGAGCGCCCGCUGAAAGAGGACCCGAUGCAAAUGGCGGCCCGCUUCACCCAGGAUGAUCUGGCCAUCAUGUUCGAGCGCCCAGACGGGCAAUAUUACCUGCUCGCUGGGGCCGUCCUUCUCGCGGGCUUCUGGCGCCUCGAAGAUAAAUACGGCAUGUCGCUUCCUGAAAUCCACACGAGUGCCGAUGUGCCGGGCUUCAAGGAGAAGCUAGAGAAGGGCAUGACGAAUUUCUUCAAGAGGGUGCAGCCGCAGAAUCCGGUGCUGAGGAACAACUACUUUAUUCAGGUGGAUGAUAAUUUGGCGUGGAGUGAGAGUAUUGGAAGUGAGGAUUCCGACGGCAUUGGGUGGUUUACGGCGGAGAAGAACAAGGCGAUUCAGAAUCACUAUUUCCGAAGCGAGAGGCAGAGUCUGAGACGCCUCCCCCGAUCUGGUGGCGUAGUCUUCACGAUCCGCACCUACUUCCACCCCAUCACCGACAUCUGCAAGGAGCCCUAUGUUCCUGGCCGACUUGCCAGCGCAGUGCGCAGUUGGGGCGACGAUGUAAGCAAGUACAAGGGUAGGGAGCGGUAUCAGGACGUGUUGCUGGAGUACCUGGAUAAGAUGCAUGAGGAGCAGGUCAAGGGAGGACUGGAUGUGAGUAACGAAGAGGACGCGGGGAGGGGUUAUCCGUUCUAGUAUGUCGUGCAGCUAUUAUAAUCGCGGUAGUAUUGAUGAAAAAAAAAAAUCGC